AUGGGUGUAAUACAAGUGCAGCAGGCGCCCCCAAGACCAAGGAAAGCCGUGGAAUCAGAAGAAGCUAGUAAGUCGAGCGUAUUUUCCAAUAAAAAAUGUACGCGAAGCACCAGCUGUCCAGUGCGGUUUUGUCUACGGAGGCAAGGGAACCAACUGGCAGUGACCUCUUAUUUUCUGGAACACAACCACAAACUGUCAAAGUUUCUGUACGAUCGGCUUCCAGUCAGUCGACGUCUAACCGAAGACGAGUUGGGCACAGGCAAGGCCCUGCUGAGAUAUGGGACACCGUCAUCUGAGGUGCGGCAGAUGAGAGAAUACAAGUUGGUUGUUCUGGGGAGCGGUGGUGUCGGGAAAAGUGCCCUCACCGUACAGUUCGUGCAAGGAAUUUUUGUCGAGAAAUACGAUCCGACGAUUGAAGAUAGUUACCGAAAGCAAGUAGAGAUAGAUUCCCAACAAUGUAUGCUUGAGAUACUAGAUACAGCUGGAACAGAGCAGUUUACCGCUAUGCGGGAUCUUUAUAUGAAAAAUGGACAGGGAUUUCUGUUGGUGUACUCGAUAACGCAGCAGUCUUCGCUAAACGACCUUGCCGAUCUUCGUGAGCAGAUUCUGCGAGUGAAGGACGUCGACGAGUUUCCUCUCGUACUUGUUGGCAACAAGUGUGAUUUGGAGGACGAACGUAGUGUUGGACGUGAUCAGGGACAGAGGUUAGCAAAUGAAUGGAGGUGCAGUCACAUGGAAACCAGUGCAAAAGCGAGAAUCAAUGUGAAUGAGGUUUUCUGUGAUUUGGUUCGCCAAAUUAACAGUAAAACUCCGGAACCGAAGGCCAGAAGUUCCAAACAAACCAAGUGUUGUGUUGUGUGACCGGCACCUGUGCGUACGAGAAGGUCCCAGUUUGAUCUGAACCAAUUUUCUCAUUCUAAUAUUAUAUGUCUCUCUGCAUGCUGAUCAUCGUUGUCACCAUUUAGUUCUCAUUCAUUUGAAUAACGCCUUGUUUUGCGCGCUUCGACCUCCUUUUAUAAUCAUGAAAUGCACUCUUGCCAUUGCGUUAAAUAAAUGUACGAGUUGUUUGACAACCAAGUUGGACCAUCAGAUUUACUCCUUUGUGCCUUCAUUCACAGUCAAUGGAGACAAGUCCCAUCAUGCCUGUUUUUUAUCAACUCACACUAAUUUUGUCGGUGAUUACUGCUUUGAUCCCUUCAUUUGUUCGCGCUCCGGAUUGGUUUUGUCCUUUGACGAACACACACUAUGUAUAUUUUUAUCUUUAGGGUGCUAUCCCUGCGUACGCUUGUUUUCAGACAGGUAACUGUAAUAUUUCCUUGUAAUUUUAUUCGGCUUAUAAUUCCAGUCACAGACUUUAACAUUUGUUUUCUUUGAUUGGAAUCCGUUUCUAGGAGGACGUUGGUUUCUUCUUCACCUCAAUAUCUCAUCGAUUUUACAAGGUCUCCAACUAUAACUAUACUGAAUACUGGUGGUGAUUUCUACUGACUUGAUUCGGCUGACUGGUCGAAAUCUAAGUGUCUCAGAAUUUUGUCGUUACUGUCCCAGAUCACCCGUUUUGUGUUCCGGAUGCCACCUAUAACGAUAACACAGUGCAGUGCACCGUGCCACUUCUUCACUGGGUGUUAAACAGGUCAUUCAUUGUUUAGCCUUAUGUUUCCUGGGAGUAUUGUUGUGAUUGAAAAGUGCUUUUGAGACAAGGUUGCAUUGAUCACGUCUCUAAGAGGCGUUUGUAAUGUGUUGAUGGUCAACAGUUUCAGGCUACAACUUUGCGAUCCAA